AUGUCAGCUCAAUACCCAUCGCUCAGACGGGCCCAGACAGACCUUCCGGCGCAGUCCACCAGCCCGCUACGACAAGACUCCACUGCGUCCACAAACUCGUCCGCAUAUUCCGUCGCAUCCAGCUCCUUUGCUCCCAGCCGUACCAGCACAGUGUCGUCUCAUGGGUCGGUAUCCAGCAAUUUGGGCCACUUCCGAGGGAAGAGCGAAGCAAGCAGUAUAAGCUCCGGAACAACAGUGACAGACGCAAUGGAGCGGGGAACUCGACCCAACGCCGGGACAACAUACGACAACAUUCGCCGAUCAUUGCGCCCGCUACAGCAAGUUCCCAAUGGUACAUUGCCUGCAUCGAGUCUUGGUGGUUAUCGGCAUUCACGGAGCUACACGGUCGACGAAACCCAACCGUGGAAGGAACAUCGACCGAGCACCCCCGAAUCGCGGCUCCAGGAAAACGAGGCACCAAGUCGUAGGCUAUCUAUCUACGACACACAGACACCCACACCCACCUCUCCUCACCACUGGUCCCCUGUUCCUGGAGCAUCGCGUCCCUCGUCCCCACAAAAAUCGACACCCCAAAGCCCUCACCACCCACAAUUGACAGCUGCACUGACGGCUCCUGAGCUCGAGACAUUUCAAAAGUCCUCUACAGGCCAUCUGAGAACCCUGUCCAAGUUUGCACAGUCCAGUGAGAACGAUGAAUUCCAACUCAAUGCACCGGCAGGCUCAGUAACGGGCCUCGAAGGACGGCGACGCCUGAAGCGAGCAGACUCAGUUGCUGGAAGAGGUGGUGCGGUAUCACCUGUCAAGCCAAAGGUGUCUUCAUGGGCCGCUGGAAAUUGGAUGGACCAGCAAAGACAAUUCAUCCAGGCCUACGAAUAUCUGUGCCAUAUCGGAGAAGCCAAGCAGUGGAUCGAAGACGUUAUCCAUAAGCAAAUCCCGGCGAUCGUUCAAUUAGAGGAAGGACUACGAGAUGGUGUGACAUUGGCCGAGGUCGUGCAAGCCAUGUAUCCAGGAAAACCCCUGCGCAUCUUCCGAAACCCAAAACUACAAUACCGCCACUCAGACAACAUCGCCUUGUUCUUCAGAUUUCUCGAUGAAAUUGAACUACCGGAAUUGUUUCGCUUUGAACUGAUCGACUUGUACGAAAAGAAGAACCUCCCCAAGGUUAUACACUGUAUCCACGCGCUAUCAUGGGCGCUAUUCAAGAACGGCAUGUUAGACUUCAGAAUGGGUAACUUGGUCGGUCAGCUUGAAUUCGAACACCACGAACUUGAGAAAACCCAGAAGGGAUUGGACAAGUCAGGUGUCAGCAUGCCCAGUUUUGCAGGCAUGGCUGCUAAUUUUGGUGCCGAGCCCGAGCCAGAACCCGAGCCCGUUGAGUCAGAAGAAGAGCGCAUCGAUCGCGAACUGCACGAGAACGAGAGCGCUAUAAGCGAUUUCCAAUCGCAAAUUCGAGGAGCCAUGUUGCGCCUGAAACUUGGUCAAGCGAUGACAGAUCUCUGGGAAUUUGAGCCUCUUCUAGUUGAGCUGCAGUCCCUCCUGCGUGGAGAUUGGGCUCGCCAGAUCAGUCAAUACCGACUGAACAUGCUCCAGUUUUCGGUGGGAUUACAGGCAAUUAGCAGGGGUUUCAUUGUGCGUCGCCAGCAACAAGAUGACAAGAAGUGGCGUAAAGCCCAAGAAGCAGAUGUUCUACAAUUCCAGAGUGUCAUUCGCGCUUCAAAGGCCCGCGCCCAGGCCAAUCAUUUGCAAACGCGAGCUCGCCGAGAAGAAUCCGGCAUCAAGAAAAUUCAGGCGGCCAUCAGAGGUGCAUUGUCACGUAACAACGUUGCCAAUCAAUACGAGGAGUAUCAGGACACCGGGAAUGAAGUCAUGAUGCUCCAAGCUGCCAUUCGUGGUGCCUUGCAACGCAUGACUGUUGCCGACAAAUACGAAAGGGUGCAGCAGGCUGGAAGCGAAGUAAUGGCACUUCAAGCUGUCAUCCGGGGUGCUUUGCAACGUAAGCAGCUUGAAUCUCAGUCUCAAGAAGUUGGCCAUGCCGGUAUUGCUGUCAAGUCAUUGCAAGCGGCGAUGAGAGGUGCUUUACAACGAACCAGAAUGAAUACUCAAUCCAACGAGGUGAAGCAAAUCGAAACGCCAGUCAAGUCCCUUCAGUCGGUCAUUCGGGGAUCAAUUGCCCGCCAGAAUCUAUUGGACAUGAAGGUUUCACUGAGCAAAGAAGCCUCCCAAGUCACUACAAUCCAAUCGCACAUCCGAGCCCUUAUCGUUAAAGAUCGCCAAACUCAGCUGCUACACGCCCUGGAAGAUACCGAACGCGAGUGUACUGCAUUGCAAGCUAUUCUACGUGCCGGUGUCGUGAGGAAAUCAACCUCAGCCAUUCGCAGUGAGCUUGCAGAACAUUCGUCGCAAGUGAUUGAUCUCCAGGGUAUCCUGCGUGGCCAAGCUGUCAGAGAAUCAUUGAAUUUGCAGAGAUCUUCCUUGUCGAGCGAAGAAUCUUCAAUACUGGAUCUGCAAUCCCGCUCUCGUGGACUUAUCCAUCGGAUGCAUCUGGCCGAGGAGCGUAGCGCACUUGAGCAAGAAGAACAUGUAAUAGUCGAUCUCCAAGCUCUGACUCGUGCCGCUGUCUGCCGGAUUGAAGUGGGAGGCCUUCUUUCAAGCCUGGAGGAGAGCGAGGAGGAAGUGGUCCAGCUUCAGUCCAUGGCUCGAGCUAUGAUUACACGUCUAGAGACCGGUGAUAUCUUGACCGACCUUGAAGCAGAAGAGGAUUUCAUCAUGGACCUUCAAUCACAGAUCCGAGGAGUGAAUGUCCGAAACCGUUUCGAAGAGCGACGCCAACACUACAACGAAAACAUGGAGAAGGUCAUCAAGGCUCAGAGUGUCAUUCGAGGCCGCAUUCAAGGCCAAGCCUACAAGAGCCUGACAAGUGGAAAGAACCCGCCCGUUGGGACAGUCAAGGGAUUCGUCCACCUUCUCAAUGAUAGCGACUUCGAUUUCGACGAAGAAAUCGAAUUCGAGCGGUUACGCAAGGUCGUUGUCCAGCAAGUGCGACAGAAUGAACUUGCUGAGCAAUACAUCAGCCAGCUUGAUAUUAAGAUUGCACUUCUUGUCAAGAACAAGAUCACACUGGACGAAGUUGUUAAGCACCAAAAGCACUUUGGUGGUCACAUUGGCAACUUGUUGUCAAAUACCGAAAUUUCUUCCAAGGACCCUUACGACCUGAAGGCCCUCAACAAAACCUCACGCAGAAAGCUGGAUCAAUACCAGGUGUUCUUCUUCCUCCUCCAAACCCAGUCACAGUACCUCGCUCGCUUGUUCCGGCGAAUGCGCGAGACCAACACCUCUGACAAGGAAUAUGAACGAAUUAGACACCUCAUGAUGGGUCUCUUUGGCUAUUCGCAGAAACGGCGCGAAGAGUAUUACCUCAUUAAACUUCUAGCACGAUCUGUGAAGGAAGAUAUUGAAGGGUUCACAUCUCUCCCCGAGUAUUUGCGCUGCACCUCAUUCUGGAACAAGCUUUUCUCCUCAUAUGCCAAAUCACCACGAGAUCGAAAGUUCAUGCGCGACGUGCUGGGAACUGUCGUCAAGGAGUCUGUGAUCGAAAACCCCGACCUUGACCUGGAGAGUGAUCCCAUCCAAAUCUACCGUUCUGCAAUCAACAACGAGGAACUCCAAACAGGCCAAAGAAGUCGCCGGCAACCAGAUCUGCCUCGAGAAGAAGCAAUUAGGGACCCUGAGACCAGAGACACAUUCAUUCAACACUUGCAAGAUCUCCGUGACAUUGUUGAUCAAUUCUUUUUGGGCUUCGAAGACUUCCUGUAUCGGAUGCCGUUCGGUAUCAGGUACCUCGCGCAGCAGAUGUACCAAAAUCUCCUUGAGAAAUUCUCUGGCGAAGAUCAAGGAUUUGUGCUCCAAACUGUGGGCCACUGGGUUUGGAAAAAUUACUUCCAACCUGCUCUCCUAGAGCCUGAGAAAUAUGGAGUCGUUGACCGGGGCUUGACCCAAGAACAGAAGCGCAACCUUGGAGAGAUAUCAAAAGUUGUCGCCCAAAUAGCUUCUGGAAGGCUGUUUGGGGCUGAGAAUGUUUAUCUCCAACCACUCAACAACUACAUUGCAGACUCGAUUCAACGGCUGGGGCAAAUUUGGGGCCAGAUGAUCUCGGUUCAGGAUGCAGAGACCUACUUCGACAUUGACGAAUUUAACGACCUUUAUGCCAAGGCUAAACCCACGCUAUACAUUAAGAUGUCCGAUAUCUUCUCCAUUCAUCAACUCGUGGCCUCCGAAAUCAACCACAUGUGUCCCCACCCGGACGACUUCUUGAAAGAGCUUGUCCGGGAGCUGGGCAAUGUCAAGAGUAAUGAGAACGAACUGAUGGGAGUCAGCUCAACCGAGAUCAAUCUCACCCUGAGUCCCAAGAUGGCCCAGAUGGAAGAUCCUGAAGCAGACGUGAAGACACUCUUUAUGGAGACCAAGCGCUGCAUACUUUACAUUAUCCGUGUUCAGAGUGGCGCUAAUCUGAUGGAUGUUAUGCUCAAGUCACCAACGCCGGAGGACGAGGAGCGUUGGCACGACUUGGUCAGGGAAGAGUUGAGCACCGGAAACGCACGCCGGGGUGCUUAUUCCGAAGCCAACAGCUUGAUUGACAUCAGCUCUAUGGGCUAUGCACAGCUAAAGGGUAUUGCACUCGAGAACAUCCUGCGUCUAGAGCAAACCGGGCGUAUCAAUCGCCAUAAUCACUAUCAAGAUCUCUUGAACGCUAUUGCCAUCGACAUUCGCACCAAACACCGUCGGAGAAUCCAGCGUGAGCGGGAAUUGGAAGGUGCUCGAUUAACCUCCCAGCGCCUCAGCGACCAAGCUGUCUACCUUGACCAGCAGCUCAAGACAUACAACGAUUACAUCGAGCAGGCUAUGAUCACGUUGCAGAACAAGAAGGGCAAAAAGCGAUUCCUGAUGCCAUUCACCAAGCAAUGGGAUCACCAGCGUGAGCUUCAGAAGUCGGGCAAGGUAUUCAAGUUCGGAUCCUUCAAGUAUUCAGCCCGCACGAUGGCUGAUCGCGGCGUCCUCGUUGCCUGGAAGGGCUACGCCGAGCGACAAUGGGAUCGGGUAGACUUGACCGUCUCCAGUAACGAGGUGGGCGUGUUCACCAUCGAUGGCAGUAGCGGCAACAUGAUGAUCCCCGGAGCAAAUGCACAGGUACCGCUGGACGACUUGCUGCAGGCCCAGUUCAACAACACGCAAUUCAUGGACUUCUUUGACGGACAGAUGCGGGUUAAUGUCAACCUCUUCUUGCAUUUGAUCAUGAAGAAGUUCUAUAAUGAGUGA